CAUGGACAAAACAACUAAAGAUGUAGGCCAGUGCAUCUCUUUCGCUGCUCCUGGACCCCACGUGUUCCUGGUGGUCAUCAUGCCGGGCAGAUUCACUGAAGAGGAAAAGCAGACGGUGCAAAAGAUUCAAGAAAUCUUCGGCCAGGCUGCAGACAGAUACAGCAUGGUUCUCUUUACUCAUGGUGACCUUCUUGGAGAAACAACUAUUGAGGAGUUCUUGGCUGAAAGCCCUGACCUGCAAGAAGUUGUGGCCAGAUGUAAUGGCCAGUACCAUGUCUUCAAUAAUAAGACAAAUGAUCGUUCUCAGGUCACUGAGCUGCUCCAGAAGAUCAGAAAUUUAACCCAGAGGAACGGAGGCAGCCACUACACCAACGAGAUGUUCCAAGAGGCUGAGAGGAAAAUCGAAGCUGAGAAACAACGCAUCCUGAGAGAGAAAGAAGAGCAAGAACGCAGAGAAAGAGAGGAAAUAGAGAGGAAGCUACAGGAGCAAUACGAGGAACAGAUGAGGAGAAUUUAUCAACAACGCCAGGCUGAGAGGGAGAGGGAAAGAAUACAGAGAGAGGAGGAGUUGAGGCGGGAGAGGGAGAGGAGGGAGGAGGAGAUGAGGAGGGAGAGAGAGAAAAGAGAAGCAGAAAGGAGGAGAGAGGAAGAGGAGAGAGAGAGGCAGCUUGAAAAUAUGAGGAGACGGUUAGCAGAAGAGCGUGAAAGACAGCUGGAGGAGGAAAGAGAGAGGUUGAGACAGCAAGAAGAGCGGCAAGUAGUGUAUGUACACACUCAGCAAGAUGACUGUACAAUUCUUUGAUUUGGUUUUCAAGUCUUUGUAUUUGUGUGCUUGUGUGCUGAUAUGAAAAAAACUUUAAAAAAAAUUUAACUAUUUAAAUGUAUAAGAGGAGGGAAGGGUUGAACCUCUCUCCUCUCACGGUACAUGGAUGGUAAUGACAGCUUAUUAGCCAUUUCUACCUCAAGUUAACAUACCCAUUAACUUUGAAAAUGACACUGUUACAGUUUAAAACCUAGAAGAACCAUCAUCAGCAGAAAUGCAGAUAAUAUAGGUACUGUAUUGGCUACCACUGAAAAGCUGACAAAUGACAAUGAGUUCACUACCUCCUUUAGCAACAAAAUUCAAUGUAUUAGAUUAAUAAAUCAAAUCCCCAAAACAAAACAGAAAGAUUUGUGAGACAUGACAAAUUUUGGUGCUUUGAGCUACAGAAUGCCUGCAGUAUUUUAUGUUGCAGAUUAAGAAUCAAAUAAUAAGCCCAAUGAAAUAAAAUAUUUUGAAUGUUUGUCGACCAGUAACUUAAAUAACUUGAACCUGAACUACUUGUUUUACUUGGCAACUCUGUAAUCAUCCAUCAAAGAAAACAUGGAAUGGCAGCGUUUAAUUACUUUUCACCACAAAGCUAGAAAAACUUCUGCUAUAUGUGUUUCUCAGGCCCUGAU